AUGUGCUUAGUUUGUAAUAUAGUGGUUGUGAUUAACACUGCAUUAUUAUAUAAGCUUAUUCACGCACUAGUCGCACCAAUAAAAGCUAGAAACAGUUUCCAGUCAGAGAACCAUGUAGUGUUGAAAUCUUUUUGCCCCAUUAAUUGCCCCAGCAAUCAGGCAACAGGAGUGGUAUGGCUACACAAAUUUGCAAAAACAAGUCAUAGCGGUUCAAGGUCGCGGCCGAGUCACACCGGCUAUAUAUUGGGCAGAACCUGUGCAACCGGCAUUCACUCGAACCUUACACGCCCAACUAUGAACGCCAAGGCCCUCCUUCUGCUCAGUUUGGCAGCCAUCGUUGUCGCAGACAGCCGUGAGAUUUACCGCCCACCUCAGGAAACCUCCGAGUCUUCCGAGGAAUCCUACGAGUCUUCGGAAGCCAAAUACAGCUUCAACUGGGCCGUCAGCGAUGACUCCUCAAGCAACGAGUUCGGACACCAGGAGGCCCGUGACGGCGACCACACUCAGGGAUCCUACUACGUGCAGCUCCCCGACGGCCGCCUGCAGACUGUCACCUACUUCGUGGACGGUGACUCCGGCUACGUGGCCGAAGUCAACUACGAGGGCGAAGUCUCCGACGAGUCUAACUCUUCCGAGUCUGAGGAGGAUACGUCAGGAUAUGAUUCAUAGUGAAAACUUGUUAGCAUAAUUGUCAUUUUUUAAAAAUUGAAUACUAAUCGUAAGUUUACAUGUUAUAAUAAACUAGGUUUUUAUUUUC